UUCAUUCUUGCAUCGUGCAACUGUUUAAGUCUUUGUGUAGUUUGUAAUCGGAACGUGAUAACUAUUGAAAGUAUGGUUAAUUGUGAUGGUCAAAAAAAAUAAAGAAAAGUGGGUGUUGAUAUUUUGGGUGGAAAGUUGUGAAACAUCGAUUGUCACUUUCAAAGACAUUAGUGAAGUACUAAAACCAUCAUUGAUUCGGACACGAUGCGGAGAUCUUCCAUGGGUUAAUCGAUAUGGAAUCACAACUUUGUAUGAAGCUACACUAUUGAAAAUUUCUAACAAUUCCGACUAUUUACAAAAUUUUAUAAUUGAUGUACAUGGUAAAGUUUUAAAGAAAACUUAUUCAGCGAACAUUAUGUCCGAGAAAAAAAAAUUAUCAGCUGAUACCAAAAAAGCAAUAAAGCUUCGGGAGAAGAAUGUUCAAUCUAUGAACGAGUCAACCACGAAACUUACUAAGAUUGGCUGGUCAACAUGCAAUAACUCGUCAAAAAUAAAUCGAUUUGUAAUAACUGUUGAUAGUCCAUCAACCGUUGAUGAUAGUGCCAAACCUUCAACUUCUAGCGAAAAAUCGGAAAAUUCAAAAAACGCCUGUGAAAACUGCAAGAAUUGUGUCUGCAAACCAUGGAGAUUAAAUGGCAAGCUUAAAAAAUUUAUUGGAAAAAUGUUUAUUAGUAUUAUUCGUAAAAGAAUCCAAGAAAAUUGCCAAGAACUAAUAGAUGCAUGA